AUGAAGUGGCUUGUCCUUGUGUUGGUUUUUCUCCACCUGUCUGAGGGACUGGAGAGGUGAGCAUUAACAAUACAAAUUAUUCUGAAAAAAGGGAAAUCUGUUCGGGAGAAGAUGAAAGAGGAAGGUGUACUAGAAGAAUUUCUGAAGAAUCACCAUGUUGAUCCAGCAGCAAAAUACCACCUCAAUGAGUAUAAUGUUGCUUAUGAACCAAUAACUAAUUACUUGCAUUCAUUCUACUUUGGAGAGAUCAGUAUUGGAACCCCACCACAGAGCUUCCUGGUUCUCUUGGACACUGGCUCUUCUAACCUCUGGGUACCAUCAACAUAUUGCAACACUCAGGCUUGUGGCAACCACCACAGAUUCAACCCUAGUCAGUCCUCUACAUAUUCCAACAAUGGACAGACCUAUACUCUGUCAUAUGGGAGUGGCAGUUUGACCGUUGUGCUAGGCUAUGACACAGUGCAAGUCCAGAAUAUUGUUGUUCAGAACCAGGAACUUGGCCUGAGUGAGAGUGAGCCCACCACUCCAUUCUACUAUGCUAGUUUUGAUGGAAUUUUGGGGAUGGCUUAUCCUGCCAUGUCUAUGGGGGGCUAUACUAUCAUGCAGCAGAUGCUGAAACAAGGGCAGCUUUCUGAGCCAAUCUUCAGCUUCUACUUCUCCCGCCAACCCACUGUACAGUAUGGAGGAGAACUAAUCUUGGGAGGUGUUGACACUCAAUUGUUCUCUGGACAAAUUUCCUGGGCACCUGUCACCCGCGAGGUUUACUGGCAGAUUGGUAUUGAAGAGUUUGCCAUUGGAAACCAAGCUACUGGGUGGUGUAGCCAGGGCUGCCAGGCGAUUGUGGAUACUGGCACUUUUCUGCUCGCUGUCCCACAGCAGUACAUGGGGAAUUUCCUGCAAGCUGUGGGAGCUCAACAAUACAAUGGAGAGUAUGUCGUUAACUGCAACAAUGUCCAGAACAUGCCCACCAUCACUUUUGUCAUUAAUGGAUCCCAGUUCCCACUGCCUCCUUCUGCCUAUGUAGCCAAUAACAAUGGCUAUUGCUCAGUACAGAUUGAGGCUACAUAUUUGCCUUCACCAACAGGACAGCCUCUAUGGAUCCUGGGUGACGUCUUCCUGAAGGAGUAUUAUUCUGUCUAUGACAUGGCCAAUAAUAGGGUGGGCUUUGCACCGUCAGCCUAGAUAGAACAAAGCCCAGCAUUUUUACUUUCCAAUGCCACUGUUCUUUUGGAUUCUGACAAAAUAAUUCAAAAUCAACCUUUUAAAAAGAAAACAGUUUUUCAAAAAUAUCUUGUACUGCCUACCUAGACUUAUAUGUAAUCAGCUUCCAGUGUAGUAUACUGUGUUGUUAAGAGCAGUGGACUCUAAUCUGGAGAACCGAGUGUGAUUCCCCACUUCUCCACAUGAAGCCUGUGAGGGACCUUGGGCCAGUCACAGUUCUCCCAGAACUCUCUCAGCCCCACCUACCUCACAACAAGUUUGUUGUGGGAAGAAAAAGGGAAUGUGAUUAUAAAUGCUUGGAGUCUCCUUAAAGUAGAGAAGAGGAUAUAAAUGUCAAAUCUUGUCUUGUUCUACUGCUACAGAUUAAUAAAGUCUAAUAUGCCAAGGUAGCUUGUGUGUGUUGACCUUGGUUGCAUGAAAACACUGAGAUUCAUUUUAGAAUGUGACUAGGAUUGACUGAGUUGAGUGAUUUUAUUCUGAGUUCUGUUUCUUCAGUGUUUUCUCUAACUGUACUAUAAUUAAUUCUGAGUCAUAAGCAUGGAAGUCUGUGAUGCAAUUUAAGGAACAAUUGUAGUUGGACAAGUUUCUAAUAUGAAAGUUUCAGUAAGGAAAAUUUCUCUCAUGUUACCAGCUGACCCUAUACACAUAUUGACUAUCAGGUUUUUAGCCCUUAAAAUUGCAGAAAGCUAUGAAUAAAUAUAUAUUGUAGAAAACUACAAAUAGAUUUACAUAGGCAAUAUGCAUAAACCUUUGACAGUGCUCAAAUUAUGAUUUUGUAGAAACCCAUUACUUUGGCAGAUAUGAUUGCUGAACAUUUUAAGAUUGUAAGGAAAGAAGCAAACAUGUUAUUUCAGUUUCAAUGCACAAAGGGAGGUAUGAAUGGAUGAACUUUUUGGGUCCUUUGUGUAUGGAUACAGUUUCUAGUCAGUGUCCUUUGUGUAUGGAUACAGUUUCACCCCAUGUAUGCCUGAAUAGCUAUGAAUAGCCCUCACUACUUAGUGCUUGGAAACUAAGCAGGGUUGGCCACGGAUCGUACUUGGAUUCCUUUGUAGACCACCAAGAUAGACUGGUAUUGCUAAGCAAUGGAAGGCAAUGGUAAAUCACCUCUGCUCAUCUUUAGUAUUGAAAACCCCAUAGUCCUGGGGUUGCCGUGACUUUUUGAAGACUUGAGGUCAGACAGUAAUGACGAUGCCUUUUGUUAAUCCUAAAAUAACCACGGAACGAGCAGGGAAUUUGUAUUAAAGGCUAUACAGGCACUAAAGAUCUGGUCCUUCU